GAGACUGACAGCUCAGAAAACAAAAUGCGUUUGAUCCAUCACUUUGCAAUUCACACCAUUUUGUGAGGGCCCUGGUUGCAAUCACAAAUUAUCAUCAUAAAUGCAAUGAGGAGGUGGAGAGGAAUAAGCCACGUCGACAAGUGAGUGUAAUUGUCUAAUAUGAGCUGGCGGGAUUGAGCUGACUCAGUGAGAGGGUGCAGCUAUAAAUAGGGCAAAGGGCAGUAGUUAGGAGUCAUGAAAAUUGUGUGUUGUGUGCGCUGAGCGCUUGGGCUAGGAUCGUAGAUCCGAUGCAUUUACCUUGUUUUGGUAUGCUCUUUGAUUGUGGUGUGAAGUGUGGGAGAAGUGUUGCAUUUCCAGCUGACAUUGAGCUGAAAUCGCAACAAGUGGUAUCAGAGCUGUUCAUCCUCGGACAUAAUGGCGGCGCGAGCUACGGAGGUGAAAUCGUAGGGCGAUGGAGGCUGAGAGGCGAAUUGGGGAAAGGUUGAUUGAGCUGGUCCAACGGCAGGAGAAUAUCAAUGCUCGAUGUGACGAGAUGUUGAAGGCAAUCACGGCUAUUAAAGAUCGAUUAUAGGGGAGCAGUGGGGCAACUGCCAUGGUAGAUGUUGAAUCCAACCGUGAAUCACUUGUGGAAGAAGAUGAUCCGAUUGUUCAAUUGCGGAGUCUAAAACAUGUAUCACAUGUUCGAAGUUAUAUCGACUACAUUAAACUCUAAGGUUGGUAUACAAGAGGAUCAAGCAUUGAGUUUAUUUUUGUCGGGGUUAGUAGAUGAAAUACGGGUACCGGUUUGUUUGUUUAAACCAUAAACAUUAGAUGAGGCUUAUGCCCUAUCUAAGCUUCAAGAGCUUACAUUAACUGGUGUAUUUUGGUGUGACUGCGAGGAGAGUAAUCCUCGGAGAAAUGAGAAAUUGGAUGUGAACUCUAAGGUCGAAGGACUUAAUUAUGAGUUUGAUGAGUCCAGCGAGUUUGCAGAUACAAUGGAGACUGAUAAGGAAGUUUCUGAAGGGGUUUCAAGUGGUUCGGAUGAGGGUGGUGAUGGCCUUGUCGAUUUUGGCAAUUCUUUGAAUUUUUUCUUGCAUUGUUUUGUUGACGUGAAGGCUGGGAAGAGGCUCAAUCAUGACAAGAUGAAGGAAACUGAAUUAGGGCAAUAUGUUGCUGAUUUGUCAGAGUAUAAUACCUUUUCACAAGAAAAUAAACUCAAGGAAGCUGAAUGUGUGCCAAGUGUUCGACAAAUUGCCACAGUGAAGGAUAUUGCUGUCACUUUGAAUGUGGUGAGUAAUUUGACGAGGCGGCCAGUUCGCUUUCCUAAACCCUUGGUGAAGAUGAAGUUCAUGGUUCAACAUGAUGAAGAGAUGGGUGGUGAGGACAACGCGCAAUGGGUAUCGAUUAAGGCAGGGGAGGACCGAAUUUAUGUGGUAAUCUUGAAGGAGUUAGGUUGGUCAUGUGAUGGAGAUUAUGGUGCUUAUGCUCUCUCUAAUCUUCAAGAGCUUACAGUGACCGGUGUUCUAGGCUGUGAUCGUGAUACACAAAGUAGUUUUGUGAGAAUGGAAGAAUGGGAAAAUGAUAUAUAUGAAAUGAAUUAGGAAUUGCUAAGGAUAGUGUUGAUGAUCUAACUGUCCACUGGAAGACAUUGCCAAAUUUGAGAGAUGAUUAUAGGGAGUUGGUGCAAUUUGGGCAGAGAAUUGGUGGAUUUUUCACAAGUAGUGUGUAUGGAAAGUCUGGGACUCCACAAGUCCGAGAUAUGUCAAUUUGUUUUGAUGUCGGGAGGUUUUUGAAGGUGACAUGGGAACUCGUUACAGAUGAAAGGGUGGAUACUUUCAAGUUUGCGGAUGACAUGAGCAAGGCUUAUCUCUUGAGUUUAUGCGAUGAUAGCAACAACAAACAGUGGCUGGAUGGAAGCUGCAAAGAAUGCCCUGUGACUGUCUCUAAGGUUGAGGAUGUUGUUGUUGUGGCUGCAACAGUUGUAGAGGGAAAGGAGAUUGUUGUUAUGGUUGUUGUUCGGGUUGGAAUAGCGAGGGUUGUUAAGGAGACUCGAAUAGUGAUUAUUGCCGUGGCGGAUGAGAAAACUGCUCGAAAUGGUACCAUACAUUGGUUGUAUUAUGUUCCUAUACCUACUAUAAGGAUGAAACUUUUGCAAAUUAUAGCUAAUAGGGUCUUCGACGGUGGUGGCAUGGAUGGACCAUUCAUAUGUGUGAUUUACAUGGGGAUCUUUUGUUAUAUGCUACUCCACACUCCAAAUGUAGCUUGUAUAAGUUCGCAAUCGUGCAACGAUGCAACAUGGCAUCGGCUGGUGCUUCGGAGGAAUUCACAGACAAGAUCAGCACUCGAUGUUCAUUGUUCCUUGAGGACAAGGAAUUUUAUGGGGGGAGUAUUGGUAGCAACUAACUGGAAGAUGCAUUGGGAAUCUUAUGGGGAGAGUAUGGCUGUGGAGGGGGAGCCGAUUAUGCCUGUGAAGGAUGCUCUUGUAAUUUAUGAAAAGGAGUUUGGCAAUUCUAGGAAUUUUUUAUUGCAAUUUGGUGUUGAUGCAAGGGCUGGGGAGAGGCUAUAUCAUGGCAAGGUGAAUGGAAUUGAAUAUGUGCAGUACAUUGUUGCAUUUUCAUAUUACAUAACUUGUUCACAAGCAAAGGAGCUGACUGCCAUUUUGAGUGUGAUAAGGAAUUUGAACCGGUUUUCAGUUAGAUUUCCUAAGCCAAUGGUGAAGAUGAAGUUAUAAUUAUUUUCGUUAUGGGAGUUGUUGAGAGAAGCCGAUAUGUUGGGGGUUUUGAAGAGAAAAGUUGUCUGCCAAGGUGCUCAUGCUUGGAGUUUGGAGCAAGGACUUCUAGUGAUGGAGUUGAUGACAUUCAACUUCUCAAUGCUGGCCAUUGAUCACUUUAGUUAUUCUGCUGAUGAGAUUAAGCACUGGGACUUGUCUCUGUAUUCCUUGAGGACAAGGAAUCUUAAGGGGAUGGAUAGUUGCAAUCACAAAUUAUCAUCAUAAAUGCAAUGAGCAAGCUGAGGUGGAGAGGAAUAAGCCACGUCGACAAGUGAGUGUAAUUGUCUAAUAUGAGCUGACUCAGUGAGAGUGUGCAGCUAUAAAUAGCUUGGGCUAGGAUCGUAGAUCCGAUGCAUUUACCUUGGUUACUUCUUCUAUCUUAUUUAUCGUUAUCAA